CCAAGGGUAAAAAAAAAAAAAAAAAAUUGCCCUUUUCCCGUCAGCCAUUUUUUUUUUGUUAAAAAUUGGAUAACCGCGUCACGUGACGAUGUUGCCAUGACAGCGAUUAGCUUUGCAUAGGCCGCUAAAGUUGAAUUCGUUCUCGUACGUUGUAUGUCGACGCUGACACUUUGAACGUCUUUUUAUCAUUUAGUAAUGUCGCCCAAAAGUCAAAAUGUCUCGAGGAGGAAGAAGGCCGUCAAAGCGAAAGCGUCGGGAGAAGCUGUGGACAUUUUUUCCACUGACGAAAUGUCCAAAGAACAGCUGGAGGAACACAUCAUUCGCCUGCGGGAGGAGCUUGAACGCGAGCGAGAGGAGAAGAGUUUCUUUCAACUGGAACGGGAUCAGAUCCAAAGCUUUUGGAAAGUCAGCGAGCGCCACCUGGAGGAGACCCAAGCGCAACUCAGGAACAGAAACAGGGAGAAGGACGAGGCCGACCGGAGGCACAGCGUGGAGAUCAAUGUGUACAAGCAGAAGUUGAAGCAUGUCCUGUCAGAGCAGCACGCAGCUGUAGUGGACAAGAAGAUAGACAGUAGCUCGGCAGCCUGGCUCACACGUAGACACCACACGGACGCUGAGCUGCGUCUGCGGAGACACAGCCAAAAUGUGCAGGCUGACGCCCGUGAGAAGAAGCUCAACAGUCAUAAGUCAAUCCAGGAGCUCAAACUGAAGCAUCAAGUAGAGCUGAUGGAGCUCCGCAACAACUAUGACAAGAGAAUCUCAGAGGUAGAGGCCAAGUACAGUGAGAAGAUGGAGCAGAUGCGGCGGGCCGAGAGCGAGAAGACAGCGGCGGCCAUUUCAUCGUUGGAGAAAAAGAUGAACGAGCACUUGAAAUUGUUGACGGAAGAGCAGCACAAAAAAUUUCGAGCGGCUGAAGAAUUCUUCACCGCAACGCAGAGCAAACUUGGCGAUGACACAAGAAGACUUAAGGAGGAGGCAUCUGAAGCAAGGAAGCACCAUGCACGGGUCAACGGUCGCCUUGAGGAAGCAGAACAGCACAACAGACGCCUGGCUGUUUCCCUACAGGAGUCCGAGCGGAAUCUUCCAGACCUCCAACGCCAGCUAGAAGAACACAGGCGGGCGCGUUCCGAACAAAUGGACAGCGCCGCACGGGUCAAAAAACUGGAGGAGCAACUGGAGGAUGUUCUCUUCGAACGAGACGUGCUCAUCACCAACUUUGCACAGGUUGAGGAGGAGCGUGAUGCGCUGCUGAGCAAGCAGAUGGAGGUUCUGCUGGAUGUACAGCAGAGGAGCAAUCUGAAGGAAAUUAUGCUAGACCGCAAGAUGGCGCAACUGAGUCAAUCCAUGGACAGGAAAGAGGCUGGGCUCCUUGCCGUUACCGCCGACCUACAACCGCAUCAAGACAACGUGGCCGCCGACAGGCUACGGGACACACUGGAGUCCAAGAAAGACACCAUCAGGAGGCUGCAGGAGGAACUGGACCAACAAUGUCAGGAGUACACCACCUUGGUGGAGACAUGCCGUAAUGGUCUACAUGAGCUCAGCGUCCCAUCCUAUGAUUUUCCACUCCCAGACGCAAAGCUAGUCCUCAAAACACAAUGUCCACCAGCUGCGCUCACACACUGGUAGAAAUUUCCAGCUACUGUAUGGGACAUGAAGAUAAGUCGCGAUCAGAAAAGGUGAUUGCUUUGUAAUCACCUACUGUAACUUUUAUAGCAGAGCAAGAACAUUAUUUCUUUGAAAACGCGGUGCACGUUUCAAAGAGGAACAAUAUGUAACCCUUUAAUGCAAAAAUUAUACCUUUUUAUCACCUUACAGGCAAAGGCACUUAUUUAACUGUGCUGACAUUGACGGCGCUCGACGUCCAAACCAUUUUAGUCUAUUUCAUGCAUCCAGUUUAAAUGAUCUCUCUCCAUCAAGUGCAUCCAAUGAAUACUGUGGGGGAAAAAACCCUUCUUUAGUGUUACUUGGGGCAGUUGUCUUGUUUUUAGUCAUUUUCAGAAGUUUAGCUUUUAUUUACAAUGUAUUUAUUUGUAAAUUCAUUUAUUAUUAAAAAAAUAUAACAAAAUACAAUGAUUCACAUUUAAAAAUACAUAUAUUACACAGGGUGUCCACAAAGUCUGGGUACAUAGGAAUUUUACUCAUUUAUUCGCCUGCAAUUUAGACCUAUUCAAUCAAGUUCACCUUCCUGAAAGGCUUAAAUAGCUCCCUGUUUUUCCACUUAUCUGUAUUACAAUUUUGUCAACCAGAUGCCCUGUGGUGUUCCAUGUCAACAGAAGUUAAAAAGCCACAUUAGCAAAAACGCUUAUUUGCUGUGGACGAAAUUAAAAUAAAUAAAAUAUACACUUUAUAAAUAAUUUUAUACAGACAGUUGGGCCCAGGUUGGAGCGAAGAUAAAAUCUGGUCAUGUCAAUGCUAAAUUCAGCUGCUGACCCCAAAAAAGGCAACACAUUGGCUUCUAUAAAAACAACACUUUUACUGAAUGUCCAUGCUCUUAUUGCUUAACAGUGAACUCAACUACAGAUCACCCUCAACCAACUUAGGUUGGGGAAGUAAUGAUCAAAUGGUCCACUUUGAGAAAGAUUAUUGUUAAGAGGUCACCAUUAAUGUGACCAACCAUGAAAUCUUUAUAAGAGGGGAAAUAAAAAUUAUGGUUAAAAUGCACUCCUGUCUCAUCAUACAUGACCUUUGAGCGCAUGCUUUUCUGCUACACUAUAAUUCAGAGCAAUUGCACAGCCUGUACACUUAGGCGUUGUUCAGACUAGUCGCCAAAACCUGAUUUUUAGCCCAUCCAGUUUGAAACUAGAUGCCACUUUUGUAGUCUAAACAAUCACAAGGCACAGAAAUGUGAUUUUUUCGAGACUGAUUGAAACCUCUGGGAGAUAGUUUCAUAUCUGAUAAGGACAUCAUACUUCAAAAUCUGAGCGGCCCAGAUGGGCAGAGAGCAUUGAAGGACAUCAUACUUCUCAACCUGAACAGCCCAGAUGGGCAGAGAGCAUUGAAGGGCAGAGGGGUUAAAAACAAAAGUGGGACAGAGCGAAACAAUUGCCCCUUUUUUAUCAAUUAUUAAAUGGUGUUCUUGAUGACAAGCCUAGCGUUCGUCCACUGUUAAUGCUCGACAGCGCUGCACCUCACGAAGACUGCGAAGAGGGGCAUAUAAAUAAUGGUAAUGCAGGUAAUUAAUGUCAAUGUUUGCUAGCUAGGUAAACUGCCGUAUACUGGCCUAGAUAGGGUAGAGUAACGUCAGUUCUCUACCUUGUAGAUAAUUUCUCGCAUAUUGCAUGUGUGUUACCACUCUUGAAAAUGCAUUACGUUAAACACGACACCGCUGGAUGACUCCUUCGCUGCCAUAGCAACAUGUCAGCUGGGUCAAUAAUGUGACACAGUCUGUACAAGCCCAAUUCCAAAUUUGGACACUUGCUAAAAAAAAUAUGAACAGCCAGCCCUUAAAAUAUGAACAGCCAGCCCUUAAAAUUGAUUUGAGGACGAAACGAAUUGGAAUCUUAUCUGAACGCAGCUUUAAAGCAAUAGACAACAUUUCAGGGCUCUCUAAGGCCAUGUUUGACAUAGCAGGGUAUUUGGCAACAAUAACUUUUUCUACAGUUUGGCCCAUCAUCCACAUUCACAUUUAAACAAGGGUUCUUAAGAACUCCAUCUAAAGUGAAGAUGUGUGAAUUCUGCAUUUGUGGCACCAUAAUGUGAACACUGAUAACCAAAGAUUUACUUGUGGAAAUGUCAUUGACUGCGACAAACUUUGUCCACAUGUCACACAUGAGACCAAUGUUUACAUUUGGCGUAAAUUAGGUGCUCUCUUGCAGUGCUUCAUAUUAAACAUAUGCAAAGGAUAGCGGUACUGUGGACAGUUAUUUUUCAAGCAUUGCUAUGAAUGUACUUAAAAAUGAAUGUGGUUGGCUGUGGAAGCUCUUUUUUAUUUUUUUAUUUUAUUUUUGAGCAAACGUGCUGGUAUGGACGUAAUUAUUUUUUCCACCCAUAUUAUGGCAGGGUCCUUGGUUUUAAAACCCCCUGCUAGGUGUUGACAUGGCCAAAAUCUGGUCUUCCAGGGUAUCUAUCCAGCCUUUUUUACGUCUUCCUCAUCCAACACACCUGACUCAAGUCAUCAGGAUUGUUAUCAGGUUUCUGCAGACCUUGCUGACGAGCUGAUCAUUUAAUUGAGGCAUUUUAGAGGAAGGAGACAUGGAAAACAGGCUAAAGCUAGACAGGCGCCCUCGAAGACUGGAAUUGGUGAGACCUGACCUAGUAUAAAUUAGCAUGUGAAAGAAGGUUGCACAGAGUCUGUUUGCAGAUGGCACAUUUCUUAGACCGAUGAUAAUUGAGAGAAAAAAUAUGAUACUGAAUGAUAAUGAAAAUAAGAGGUUUUGCAUUUUUUACUUUACUUUUGUUCAACAUUGAACAUUUUUCCCAACCUUAAAGGAAUGUGAGUAUUUUAUUAGAAAUAAGGCAUAAAUUUCUAAAAGUAAUAUAUAUUGCCAAGAAAAGUAACUGACCCAAAGACUGGUUCUGAGCUUCUUUGUACUGUGGCUUCCAACUUUGAGGGUUCCUGUCGUGAAGCUGACAAAAAACAACUUUAUCAGUGGCAAUUUAAAUACUCACUAGAACACAGAAGGGAAAAGCAAACUGUUUGGUUACUUACCUCUGCCACAAAUUGGAGGAUUUUUGCCUUGGAGACUUCCAGUUUAGCACGUGGCCCCCAGAGGAAGUUGUGUUCCAGUGGGUCUGUGUGAGGCACACGCACAUAUUCCAGGUACCUGACGAUAAAUGAAAAAUUGAAGGGCUCACGUGGCUCUAAAUUUUUGGUAUUGAGUUGCCAACCCUAAGUUUGCAGUAGCAACACUAAUUAGAGAUAAGUGUGUGGAGCGUGUGCACGUGAAGAAAUGAUGACUUCACUUCAGUACGAGCACACUCCUAAAGUUUCUGUUUGGUGUGGUAUAAACCAGAAUCUAUGGUCUUAGAGAAACUGGCUCUGAGCACACCAGUGCUUAAAACUAAAUAUAUGCAAUGGAUUUUGCAUUAUGAACACUAUUCCAAAUUUUUGGGUAACAAAUAAUUUCAUUGGCAUUAGUCAUUUUUUGAAAACCGAAUUGGUGGAUAAAUUUUCCACACAUUAUGUACUACUGACCAAGUCCUAUACCCUGUCAAGUACUGGUUGCUAAUAAGGAGUUUGUCUUGACUUGCACCCCUUGCCUUUGAACCCCAAUAAUGAACUGAGGCAGUGACUAAUAACAAUUAUCCAAAUAAAAUAACAAACCAAAAGACUCAAUCAUAUUCACCAUGAAACAAACAAAACGGGCACAUUACACUCUGGCACAGUCAAAAACGGUUUUGACCCCUAACUACCAACACCUGUGUCUUGAUUAGCUGUAAUUUUAAGCCUGCCGGGCUGACUCCAGGUCAGUGGAAAAAUACGACUUACAGCCCUUAGUGGCGGCAGAAGUGAGUAGAGUAGCCAACUUUUACUCAAGUAAUAGCGUUACUUAAAUAAUAUUUCUGAAGUAAAAGUAGUCUUUGAAAAAUGUACUCAAUUAUAAGUAAAAAAGUAUUUGGUGAAAACAAUACUAAUGAGUAACAUUAUGACUAACUGAUUAAUAUUUUCGAUUUUUUAAUUUUUUUAUUUUUUUAACAAUGGUAUUUUUUUUCUCAAGUUAUUUAUAUGAACUGUUGUUAGGACACUGUGCAAUAACUAAUUACAUAACCACAUUAAGCCAUAGGGGGGGAAAAAAUCAUUGAAUUCUGCCAAGGGUUGGAACAGAAAUGAAGCAUUAUUCGUCCAAAGAGCAUGAGUGCUGUCUAGUGGAGAAAAUAGUUCCUAGUUUGAAAAGUGAAUAGUCCCUUAAUAGUGACUAUUAUGCAGGGGAGAAAGUGGUUAGAAUUUCAUGUCGGAACUCCCUGACAACUUAAAAGAAGGUCGCCACC